GUUUUGAUGUAGUUUUUUAAAUAUGUAAUUUUUAUGGUGUACUGUACUAAUUUUGGACUGGGACGGGAGAUGAAGUGCUCCGCAUUUUGAUAGAAGAUUCUAGACCGUUCUUGCAAGAUACUCUUCCCCUUUUUUUCGAUUGAAAGAAAUGAGAAUUUCAUCUUACGAACUACGAAGUUAUCCGCAGAAGAUACACAGGAAGUUGAAGAAGACAGGUUUGAGUUUAGUUUUGCAUUUGGCUAGUUGAUGAUGGAUCGGGGAGGGAGAAAGAGGGGGCGUUCGAUCUCUCGCGGGAUGCUUCCCUUGCUGGCGCUGCACGCGGUGUCGGAGUAUUGCAGGCUCGACAGGAAACCGCCCCUCACGGCGGGGCUCAUGGCGGCGAACACCAUCGUUUACUUGAGGCCCGAAUUUCUCGAUCAUAUCAUCCCUUACAUUGACGAGGUGUGGUUCAAUCCCCACCUCGUUCUCAAGUACAAGGAUCUCAAGCGAUUUCUCCUUUCUCCAUUCUACCACAUCAAUGAAUCUCACUUGGUGUACAAUAUGCUGUCACUUUUAUGGAAAGGGAUUCAAUUGGAAACAUCAAUGGGAACUGCAGAAUUCGCAUCCAUGAUUGCCGUUUUGGUUCCCAUGUCCCAAGGCAUUACUCUUCUGCUCUCCAAAUUGCUCUUAUUGUUCUUUGACUAUGACACUCCCUAUUACAGGGAAUAUGCCGUGGGGUUCUCUGGGGUCCUCUUCGCAAUGAAAGUUAUACUCAACGCACAAUCAGGGCCCUACACAUACGUAAAUGGUCUAAUGGUACCUACCCGUUACGCUGCUUGGGCUGAACUCAUUCUCAUCCAGAUGUUUGUUCCCGGAGUCUCUUUCCUUGGCCAUCUUGGCGGAAUACUUGCUGGCCUUGGGUAUUUACACUUGAAGAGUUCAUUUUCCGGUUCUUCCAAUCCACUGAUCAAACUGGUCAGAGGCCUAGUUGGUGCAGUGAGUUUUCCUUUCAAGUACUUGUGGGGCAUAGGGUCCUACAGACGAAGAGUUCAUGGUCGGGGAGCUGUUGGAGGUAGGUGGGCUGGAAACAGAUCUGACACAUGGAGAUGCCAAGCAUGUACAUUUGACAAUUCAGGGCUUUUAAGUUCUUGUGAGAUGUGUGGGACGGGUCGAUCCCAAGACUCGUCAUUUCACACACCGACAAGUGAGGUUCAUGACAUUGCCUUGGAGGAAUUGCGCCGUAGGAGAGUUCAACGAUUCGGUGGCCUGUAAUCGUGCACCAGUCCAAGUGGUGAUGGGUUUGUGUGAGAACCUACUGCUGUCACAUUGCUGAGUUUCUGAAAGGAAAAAAAAGGGUUAUGUUAUUCUUGUUUUUCAUGCACGGAUGACCUGACUGUUUUUUUCUUCAAGGGGCUUCUUUUGACAUCGGAUUUCAAUGUCGAUGUUGAACAACUACGGUGUUUUGUUUGUAAAUUUGAUGGUUUUUGUUCUAAAUGAGGAACUUUGAUAUUUCAUGAAUUUGGGAGAUUUGUUAAUAUUG